GUUAUUUUUUCUCUCUCUCUCUCUUGCUUCCCGCUUACAAAAUCUCACACCCUUGACCUUUCCAUCCAUCUCCUAGGCUCAACUCCCACGCCUCACCUACUCCCACUUCGAGUCGCGUCGCGCCUCGUCUUCGGCUCUCUCUUUCGCCAUGGCGUUCUUCUCGUCGCUGGCGGCGGCGAUCGACUCCUACACGGGCCUGUCCCCCGCCGCCUUCUUCACCAUCGUCGCCCUCAUGGUCGGCGCUUACCGCCUCGUCUCCGCCUUCUUCGUCUACCCUGACGAAGAAUCCGCCGCCAAGAGAUCUCUCGCCCCGCAGAUGCCUCCGCCGCCGGAGGGGUUCUCGCCGCCGCCCCAACCUGUCCAACUGGGGGACAUCACCUUGGAGGACCUGAAGGCGUACGACGGAUCCGACCCCAACAAACCCCUCUUGGUGGCGAUCAAGGGUCAGGUUUACGACGUCUCUAUUGGAAGGUUGUUUUAUGGUCCUGGUGGACCUUAUGCUUUCUUUGCCGGAAGGGAAACAAGCCGAGCCCUGGCUCUUAUGUCUUUCGACCCUCGCGAUCUCAAUAGUGACCUGAGUGAUCUUAGUGAAGCUGAGCUAGAAGUCCUGCAUGACUGGGAGGAGAAGUUCAAGGAGAAAUAUGUGAAAGUUGGAAACGUUGUUGCUGGAAACUCUAAAGACGAAGAUGAAAGCAGGAAGGAAAUAAAAAGGGACGAGGACUGAGUAUCUUAAAUGUAAAUGAAAUUUGCAAGCAUGGAGAGAAAUGGAGCUUUUGCAGACAGAAAACCUGGGAAAGAUCUAAAUUUUAAUAUAAUCUUUUAUCUAUUUUCAUUUU